UUAAUCCACGAGAGCAGGCGGACAGGUGUUAACUCAUCCUCCGUGUUAGGUGAAGUAUUGCCAGGACUUCAGGGAGGUAUUAAGUGAUGCAGACACAUGUGUGAAGGAAGGCCCUUCACACGUGGCUCAGCCUCUUGAUGAACACCCGCGGGGCCUCCAGGGUUACACAGGUACAUGUUUUGUUUUUCACUUAGCUACACUGAUUAAAAUGUGGAAGACAGUUACCAUGGGCGUCUCACCUGUGGAAUUAAUUAUCGGCGCAAAGAUAGAGGACGGCCCGCGUAGCCUCGGCACACUUCCCAAUAAACAAGCUGCGCCGUAGCAUCUGCCAUCACAUUUACGUGCGACUCUAACCAGCAGAAUGCCGAGCCAACUUGAAGGAGCCAUGGACGCACUGAUAACAGUUUUCUACAACUACUCCGGAAAUGAUGGAGAUAAAUUCAAGCUGAACAAGGGCGAGCUGAAGGAACUCCUGAACAGCGAGCUCACCGACUUCCUCACGUCUCAGAAAGACCCGAUGCUGGUGGAGAAAAUCAUGAACGACCUGGACUCUAACAAAGACAACGAGGUGGACUUCAACGAGUUCGUCGUGCUGGUGGCCGCCCUCACGGUCGCCUGCAACGACUUCUUCCAGGAGCAGAAGAAGAAAGCCAAGUAGAGGCCUUUAGGAUUCCAGCUGUAACAACGUCCCACCAGUCUGUAGCAGAGUUUCCCCACAGAGUAGGGUCGUGUAUGUAGUAUCUACUAAUGAAGAUUAAAAAAAAAGAAAGAAAAAAGUUGUCGUCUGCAGCCUAGAGCUGUGGAAUGUCUGAUCCUUUUUAAAACACGUCAAUGUUGAUGCUAUCGUCACUUUUUUUUGUGCAUUUUCUUUCCACUUUGUUUUCUACUGCUCAUUAAUUAAUUCACUGGCAUUUCCCCCCCUUUUAAAAAGACUCCUCCGUCAUCUGAAACCGUGCCCCCGUCCCAGCUGAGGCGCUCCCUCUCGUCAAAUGUCAGCUUUUUUGUGUGUUUUUCCUGAUGCCGCAUUAAGUGGGAAACAUUUUUGUCCCUUGUCAGGUUUGGUGUCGGCCUCCGUUCCCCCGAGGAGAAAUACUUUUUCCACCCGACCAAAAUUAGAGCCAUGGAAAAAAAAUACGGUCACCUGUUCUGUUCUGUUCUGUUCUGUUCUGUUCUGUCAGUGAUGAUGGUUUUUACUAAACACCGUCUGUAACCUUUAAGGCUUGUAAACAUCUCUUGUGCAAUAAAAUGUAUUUUAUUGACUUUUGUUAUGACAAAGUGAUUCAACCUGAGACAGACUCUGAGCAGCGUUGAGAUUAAGACUAAAUGAACAGCAAAGUAUCCUCUGCAAACAACGGCCUGGGACUCCUUAUUGAUUGUUAUUUACCAAGUGGAAGCACCGGUUCAAGAAAAAAUCCUUAAAAAACCAUGCUUAAAUAAAAGUUUAACACUUUAACCCACUUGGAGUGAAUGUGAUUCUGCAGAAUAAAUGUCUCUGUGAAGGAUGCAUUGUUAUACUCUUUAUUAUAGUAAGUUCAUACCUGCAACAUCAGUGGUAUUUUACUAUUGGCUGGUCGAAAUGGAGCUACUUUUAUUGUUUGACUGAACAAUUGUGGAUAUUUUUGGAUUAAUUUACGCAAGUUUUUCAAAGAUAUUGGAUUCUAUACUAUAAUAUUUAUAUAUUAUAAAAAUAUAAAAACCAUACAUUAUAAUAUAACAAAGAAAAACAGCCUUCUAGUCACUUA